UAACACAACAUUUAUUCCCAAGAGAGAACACAAAAAAGUGUCUCUCUAGUCUCCACCUUUUGUCAAGAAACUAAAGUUGCUCCUCCCAAAAUGGGCGUGACGAAAUCGAACAAAUCGUCGCAAAAGGCAAUGAUCAAGCAGAUCGUCAAGCGCUGCUCCAGCUUGGGAAAGAAACAUCAUGGCUACGACGAUGAAGACGAGGUUGUCGGCCUCCCCCUCGACGUGCCCAAGGGACACUUCGUCGUCUACGUCGGAGCUAACCGGAGCCGCUACAUUGUUCCCAUCUCUUUCUUGACCCGGCCGGAGUUCCAGGGCCUUCUCCGGCGAGCCGAGGAAGAGUUCGGCUUCGAUCACGACAUGGGUCUCACCAUCCCUUGCGACGAACACGUCUUCGAAUCUCUAACGUCAAUGCUUAGGUAAAAACCCAAGAAAACAAACCGCAAUUUCGGUGUCUCUUACUCCUAGUAUCGGAAAAUGGGGUUAUUUUCGUCGCAAAAAAAAGACGGUUUUUUGUUUGGUUAAAAUUGACCCCCGUAUUUUCUUUUCAAGGACGAGAAGAGAAAACAUCAUAGUCUUUCCCUAUAUAUAUUGUGUUAUUAUUAUUAACUAGCUAACUCAAAAAUAUGGGGUAUGAAGCAAAGGAGUCCUAUGGUAAUUAUUUUUAAUUUUUUUAGAAAUAUUUAUUGUAAUAUGUAAAGUUGAUGAUGAUGAAAAGUUUGUGUUUUUCCUCACGGUGGUAUUCGACGACCUUCAAUUCGUCACUUUGUACCCUGUGGGAGAGAGGCUUUCAAUCACAGACUUCAAUGGUUAAUAUAAUGCACUUUACUAUUAUU